AACAUGUUUCCUUACACGUGUUUAGACUAUCUCCUGGUUAUGGUCAGUUGUUGAGUUGGAUACCAUGGUGACAAGGGGGCAGGAGUGGACAUUUGUUGGAAGAUUGUGACGACUGUGGCUAAAAACCCUCCCCACAGGUUAUCAACCGGUGUAGAAUAUAUUAACCAUCUGCUCUUCCAUGUUUAGCUUGGGCAACCCUGAGGAACUUUGAGGAACCCCUGUGAAGAUCUUUUCAAAGUGCAGAGAGUUGAACUCAAGCUUAGAGGAGCAAUGAGUAAUAUGGCAACAGAGAUAACGGCCUUUGUUGUGGCCACAGCAGGCUGGGUGCUGGUUUCCUCCACUUUACCAACAGACUAUUGGAAAGUGUCUUCGAUCGAUGGCACAGUCAUCACCACGGCCACCUACUGGUCCAACCUCUGGAAGACUUGCGUGACCGACUCUACUGGAGUAUCCAACUGCAAAGACUUCCCUUCCAUGCUCGCUCUGGACGGUUAUAUCCAGGUUUGCCGAGGCCUGAUGAUCUCAGCUGUCUGUCUUGGUUUCUUUGCGACUGCUUUCGCCCUGGUGGGAAUGAAAUGCACCAAAAUUGGAGGAAGUGAUAAAGUCAAAGCCAGGAUUGCAUGCUUUGCUGGAUUACAAUUCUUUAUCAGCGGCCUGUGCUCUUUGACUGCCUGCUCCCUCUAUGCCCACAGGAUCACAUCCGAGUUCUUUGACCCUAUGUUUGUGGCACAAAAAUAUGAAUUGGGGGCUGCCCUGUUCAUUGGCUGGGCGGGAUCAGCACUGUGUAUUCUGGGAGGGAUGGUGUUCUUCUUAUCACUGUCCGAUGGCAUUAGCAAAAGCUCAAGCCAUGCUGACAGGAGACGCUAUGUUUACAGUGCCUCUUAUAUGUCCUCUCAUGGCAAGUCGCAAAACCAAUCAGCCAAUGGCAGAAGGCCUCCGGAUUAUAACAACACCCCACAACAGUUCGACAAAAAUGCCUAUGUAUGACAGCCUUAAAAAAACAGACAUUAGCCACAUUUCUGCUGCAAGAACCAUUCAGCUUUGACAGAACAUUUAUGUAACUGUAAAAUUCGAAAACAAAUGUUGAGGGACAAGGACACAUGGGUUCCAAAGUGUCUAACACUGUGGAGCAGAGCUGUUGAGAGAGAGAGUAUGUCUGUGAAUACAAAACCAAUUGGGACAGUAAGUUAAAUGCAAACAAAAAGAAAACAGUGAUUUAUAAUCUACUUUGACCUGUAUUUGAACAAAAACAGUACAAAGACAGGAUAUGUAGUGUUUUAUAUUCUCAACUUCAUUAUUUUUUUUAAAUAUACACUCAUUCUGAAAUUGACCCCUCAAACACAUUCCAAAAAAGUUGGGACAGAAGAGAAACUUUGAGAAAAGUGGUGCAUCCAAUAAAGCUCUAGUUCUUUAUAAGUAAAGAUGAGUAGAGGCUCGUCACUUUGCCCAAAAUGCACCAGAAAAUAAUCCAGUUUAAAAACAAUGUUCCUCAACAAGCAAUUGCAAAGAUAUGUAUUUCACCCUGUACAGUGCAUAAUAUCUUCAAAAAAUUUCAAGGAAUUUGGAGAACUCUUUUUGUGUAAAGGGCGUGGCUGAGAACUAUGGCUGAAUACGUGUGAUUUUUGACCCCUCAGAGAGAACUGCAUUAAAAACCAGCAUGUUUCUAUGAUGGAUAUCACCGCAUGGACUUGGGAAUACUAGGACCCUUGUCAAAAAGCACUGUUCUUUGCCGCAUCCACAAAUGCCAGUUAAGGAAGUCAUAUAUCAAAAAUGUCCAUAAACACUGCCAACUUCUGUGGGCUUGAGCUCAUCUGAAAUGGACUGAUGAUCAGUAGAAACAUGCAUUGUGGUCUUACGAGUCUUGCUUAUUUCAACACGACAACGCCAAGCCACAUUCUGCACGUCACAACAGCAUGACUGCGUAAUCAGAGAGAGUGUGGGCGAUAGACUGGCCUGCCUGCAGUCCAGAGGUGUCUCCCAUUGAAAAAGUGUCUUUUAUUAAGCUCAAAAUAUGACAACAAAGGCCACAUAUGGUUGCACAGCUGAAGACAUGUAUAACAGAAGAAUGACCAAAUUCCACUUUCAAUACUGGAUCAUUUGGUGUCUUCAGUUUCUAAUCGUUUAUUAAGUGCUGUUAAAAGGAAUAUUAUUGUAUUAUUGUAUUGUAUUGUAUUCUCCAGACUUAAGAUGCAAAUUUAAAUAAUACAAUUUGCAACUUAACAUAAACAAAUAUAAAUCUGCAUCUGCAAAUACAAUCUCUGUAAAAAGUCUUAAUUAAUUGCAGUUUUCUGUUUUAUAUAUUUUUCAAUAUUUUGUUUGUUUGUUUUUUUUUAAUUGUGUCCCGUUAACAAUUACUGUGUACGUAUUUAAUGAACAGGACAUUUAUACACUCUCAGAAAUAAAGGUAGUGAACUGUCACUGGGGCAGUUCCCCUCUUGUCACUGGGGUGGGACCCUCAAUGGGUACAUCUCAGCACCUUUAGUCAGGGAACAUAACUGAACCAUAAUCCA